ACACUCUGCGCCUGUAUGUGCCCGGAGUAUGACACCAAACUUCCAGGACUGCUAAAGAGGGAACAGUCCUCGACAGUGAAUGCAAAGAAGCUAGAGAAGGCUGAGGCUCGACUGAAGGCUAAGCAGGAGAAGCGCUCAGAGAAGGACACGCUCAAGUCCAGCAACCCUUUAGUCUUGGAAGAGGCAUCAGCCAGCCAGGCAGGCAGCAGAAAAGAGAGUCGGUUGGAAUCAUCUGGCAAGAACAAAUCCUAUGAUGUGCGAAUCGAGAAUUUUGAUGUGUCUUUUGGAGAUAGAGUACUGCUGACUGGCGCAGAUGUGAAUCUGGCGUGGGGCCGCCGCUACGGGUUGGUGGGGCGGAAUGGCCUAGGGAAGACGACGCUGCUGAAGAUGCUGGCCACCCGGAGCCUGCGGGUUCCAGCCCACAUCUCCCUGCUGCAUGUGGAGCAGGAGGUUGCUGGCGACGACACCCCCGCCCUGCAGAGCGUACUGGAGAGUGACACUGUGCGAGAGGACCUCCUCUGUCAGGAGCAGGAGCUCAGUGCCCGGAUUGCCUCCGGCAGGGCGGAAGGUUCAGAAGCUGCGCAGCUGGUGGAAAUCUAUGCCAAAUUGGAGGAGAUUGAGGCUGACAAGGCUCCUGCCAGGGCGUCCGUCAUUCUUGCUGGGCUUGGCUUUACCCCUCAAAUGCAGCAGCAGCCCACCCGGGAGUUCUCGGGUGGCUGGAGGAUGAGGUUGGCCCUGGCCCGGGCCCUAUUUGCUAGGCCGGAUCUUCUGCUGUUGGAUGAACCCACAAACAUGCUGGAUAUCAGGGCCAUCCUGUGGCUGGAGAAUUACCUGCAGACGUGGCCUUCCACAAUCCUGGUGGUCUCUCACGACCGCAACUUCCUGAACGCCAUUGCCACCGACAUCAUCCACCUGCACAGCCAGCGGCUGGAUGGCUACCGGGGAGACUUUGAGACCUUCAUGAAGAGCAAGCAGGAGCGGCUGCUCAGCCAGCAGCGGGAAUACGAGGCACAGCAACAGUACCGCCAGCACAUACAGGUGUUCAUCGACCGGUUUCGCUACAACGCCAACAGGGCCUCCCAAGUGCAGAGCAAACUCAAGAUGCUGGAGAAGCUGCCAGAGCUGAAGCCCGUGGACAAGGAGUCGGAGGUGGUACUGAGGUUCCCUGAUGGGUUUGAGAAGUUCUCCCCACCAGUCCUGCAGCUGGAUGAAGUGGAUUUCUACUACGAUCCUAAGCACCUCAUCUUUAGUCAUCUCUCCGUCUCUGCUGAUCUUGAGUCCCGCAUCUGUGUGGUCGGGGAGAACGGGACUGGGAAGUCCACCAUGCUGAAGCUGCUCAUGGGGGACCUGGCACCUGUUCAGGGCAUCAGACAUGCUCACAGAAAUCUGAAGAUUGGCUACUUCAGCCAGCACCACGUGGAGCAGCUGGACCUGAAUAUCAGCGCCGUAGAGCUGCUGGCCCGGAAGUUUCCUGGGCGGCCGGAGGAGGAGUAUCGUCACCAGCUGGGCCGCUACGGCAUCUCUGGAGAGCUAGCCACGCGCCCUGUUGCCAGCUUGUCUGGGGGCCAGAAGAGCCGGGUGGCCUUUGCUCAGAUGACCAUGCCCUGCCCCAACUUCUACAUUCUGGAUGAACCCACAAACCACCUGGACAUGGAGACAAUCGAGGCUCUGGGCCGCGCUCUCAACAGCUUCAGGGGUGGCGUGAUCCUGGUCUCCCACGAUGAGCGCUUUAUCCAGCUGGUGUGCAAGGAGCUGUGGGUUUGUGGAGGCGGUGGCGUCAUCCGGGUCGAUGGGGGCUUUGACCAGUACCGCGCCCUUCUCCAGGAGCAGUUCCGGCGCGAGGGCGUCCUCUAGGGCCACCAGGUUGAAGACUCUGCCCAGGACGUGGACUGGUGUCUUAGACCCCUGGGCCACCGCAUAGGCAGCUGCAGGCCACGGACUUCCCCUGACUUGGGGACAGCCUUAUUCCCAGAUCGCCUUUUGACUGGAGCAUUCUCUCCACAACCCAGGGAGCCCCAUGCAAAUGUCUGUGGGGACUGGUCUCCCAGGGGCAAGGGUGGGGGGCUCUAACUGGGCCCUGAGUGGCUGCUGUGUAAAUUAAAUCCCCCCUUGUGUCUCCCUCGCCUUGUCCCUGCUCCCUGGGCGGGGCUGCAGUUGGCCCACUGGUGGGGGGGGAGGUGGGCUUUCAGACUCUGGAUUUCCCUUGUUGGUCACCCAGGGUGCAGUAGCACCAGCCUUGCCCCUGGGAGAAGGCCUCAUCGGGGCUGCCCUGGGGUGGCUGACCUGGUGGAAUGGAGGGACUCAGCCUUAGUGAAGGGGUCUUAGUCCUGCUGCUUGCAGGGUUGGACUGACCUGCCGCCCGGCCUCAGACACCGUUUGCUGGCUGCUUUCUCCACUGGUCUCUGGCCCAGGCUCGCCUCGCCUCUCUAGACUGAAUCCUCAAGGCUAAAGAGAAACCGUCUUUGCCCUCAUUUUGCUUGGGUGGUUUCUUGCCCUUUUCCCUCUGGCCAUGGGUGGGGCCUGGGGGUGUGGGGAAUUGAGAGGAGUUGGGAAGGGUCUAGUGGGAAGAAACCGAACACUUUUGUUUUCAAAUUAAGCUUUCUUUUAGAGGAAGGGGAGAAGUUUGAUGGAGGUGAUGCUUUAUAAAGGUCAUUUUUGGAGGACUCGCUGUACGUAGUCGUUACACAGAAGACGCUAAGGGAAAGAGACUGCUUUGCCUCAGUGACGACAGAAACCACGUUCGUCAGAAGGAACUUGCUGGCUUCGUGGGAUGGUAGUCGCAAAGCUUGUCUACAGCGUCUUCACGCUGAGCCGCUGAGGGCAUUGUGGCGUAGCUAGCUGGGGGCGAGAACCCUGUUUGGGGGUAGAGGAGAGCAGUGACAGGAAGGCUCUGGAUUUACUGCAGAGCAGCGUCGAUGGACUGCUGAAGCUGGCAGAAAGGCCAUGAAUCUGCCUGGUCCCUUAGCCUCCCUCCCUGGGAAAUCCAGAGUGGCUCUUCUUCCAGCCUGCCUGUGGCCAUAUGCAUGUUCAGCACUCCUGAGAGCUCUCAGCCCACCCUCCAACCUCAGGCCUGCAGGUGGGAGAGCCAGGGAGCCAUCUGCCACAGGAUGUGGGCCUGUUUGCCAGGCUUUCGGCCCCUCUGCGCCUCACCAGCUCAUGAACCUCUAUGGGAGCUCUCUGGCUCCUUGGAGGCCCUGGAGACACAGCUGAAGGGCUCUGGGACACAGCCUCUGCCCCUUGGGAGGUGGCGCUGUGUGCUGUGAGCACUGGAGUUGGGUCUAAGAUCAAAUCCUGGUUCAAUUACUAGUAAUAGAUGGGACUACCUGGCUGCCCCCAAGAAAUCAGUUCAGCCCUCUGAACAUCUCUGACCCAGUAUUCUUAUAGGAUUGUUGUGAGGAUUCGCUCACGAACUUAUAAUACAUCAGCACUGGCGUGUGAUUCCCAUGUGUCCAGUCUGUGACCGGAAAGACCACCAGACAGGAAAUGAGGCUUUCUCUGGGUGUUUACAGAGGGCAGACCAGUUUGGGCUCACGAAGAAAAAAAAAAAUUAUUUUUAAUUGUAUUUUAGAUGGAAGUCUACAGAGCAAACUAGUUUCUCAUUAACAAUACACAUAUUGUUUUGUGACACCCGUUGCCAGUCUUAGAACAUGUAAACACUCUCCCUUCUUGACCUUGGGUUCCCCAUUACCAGCUUUUCUGUCCCUUCCUGCUCUCCCGUCCUUGCCCCUUGGCUGGUGUGUCCGUUUAGUCUCAUUUUGUUUUAUGGGCCUCUCUAAUCGACUCGACAGCACUGGGUUGUUUGUUUUUUUUUUAAUCUUUGGUUGAAAGGUAAACCUCAGGAGAGACUUCAGUACUGAGCUAAAAGGGUAUCCGGGGGCCAUACUCGGGGUUUCCCCAGUCUCUGUCAGGCCAGCAGGUCUGCCCCUUUUUGUGUGUGAGUUAGGAUUUUGUUCUACAUAUUUUUCCAGCUCUGUCCAGGACCCUCUAUUGUGAUCCCUGUCAGAGCAGUCAGUGGUGGUAGCCGGGCACCAUCUAGUUGUGCUGGACUCAGUCUGGUGGAGGCUGUGGCAGUUGUGGUCCAUUAGUCCUUUGGACUAAGUUUUCCCUUGUAUCUUUGGUUUUCUUUGCUCCAAACCAGUGGAGUAUCUUAGAUGGCUGCUUUGCUUUUAAAACCCCAGACGCUACUCACCAAAGUAGAACGUAGAACAUUUUCUUUAUAAACUCUGUUAUGCCAGUUGAGCUAGAUGUUCCCUGAGACCGUGGUCCCCACAGCCCUCAGCCCAGUAAUUUGGUCCCUCAGGGAGUUUGAAUGUGUCUGUGGAGCUUCCACGACCUUGCUUUGGACAAGUUGUGCUGACUAUCAGGAAGAAAAACACUUAACAGCUCAGACUACUUUCGGAAGUGAGCUCCGAGUCACUGGGACUCUGGAGAAGGGACCUCUCUGGGGGAGGAGUCAGCGCCAGGUGGCCUCCAGGUUGGCUUCAAUUUUACGAUUCCCUGAAAGAAGUGUGAAGAGCCUGUGUCUGUGCCAGUAGGAGCCUACGCUGUGGGGCUUUAGGCUUUAGGAAGGUGGGGUGAGUGAGGUUCAGCAGCUGAGAAUGACCCCACAAUGGACAUGUGAGGUGAACUUUUGGAAGAACGUUAGGGAGGGGAGUUGGCCGCAGGAGAUGGUCAUCUUGAGGAAUGGACAAAUGGGGGUGAUGCCAGCCAGCUCUGUUCCAGAAGGCCCAGAGGAGAGGAGUGGAUGGGUGGGGAGCUGCCCUUGUUGGCUACAGAUUGCCCAUUACAGCAGCCACCUGCUUCACACCACGGAGAGCCCCUAACCCCAACCAGCUGUGGAGGCUGCCGGCCAAAUUACAGGCCUUUAAACUGUGUCUUCAUGGAAAUCCGGCCUCCCUGCUUCUGCCCUGACUGCCCUCACCAACGCCUUCUCAGGCAACCUGGCUGGUCUCAGCAGGAGGCAGAGUGCAGGAGCGCAGAAGGGGUCCCGGGUCUCUGAACCCCAGCCUACAGAGGUACUCAAAGAUGCCAGUCAGGGUUUGUUUUUUUUUUUUAGUAGUAGUACUAUGUUAGAUUUGUUGGAUGUAGACAAUGCUUUGCCAAGCUCUCUGAUUUUCAGGCAACUUGUAUUGUGAAGUAGUGUGAAGUAGUGGAGAAAGUGGCAUCUACCCUCACAGGCCUGUCGUUUUGGAAUGUAAAACAUCCUGUUAAGCUACUCUUCAGGAAUCCAUGAAGCCUGGGUCUGGUCCACCCACUGAAGCAAACCAAACAACAUGCCCGUCAUUAUCAGCACCACGGCUCUGCAUCAGGCAAGCAUGGCACACUGGCUGUCAGCCUCCGGGCAAUCCCAGUGGGCAGGCGGAUGGAUCCAGACUGUGGAGAGCUUUCGUGACCUGGCUGAUGAGCCUGUAGGGGUCCCUGGACAAGGAGUGAUAAGGCUCCCCUCAAUCCCACCCCCUCAUCUGGGCUUCCAUUGCACUUUGUGCUUGUUCCAUCAGAGCGUCUAUGCUGUGUGGAACAUGAAGCUUGCAGUCCUCACUUUGUGUUCACGUGCUUGUAGGCCAGACCAUGGCGCAUUCAUCUUUACAUCUUCUGUGACUGUCACAGAUUGGUUUUGGUUCCCUGGACAGCAGCCCUGAGGCAGGACAUUUGUUAAGGGGUGCUCCUGAGAUCAACACCUGUGGAAUGAAGGGCAGGAAGCAGGGUAGGUAGAGGGAGAGGUUAAGCAGCAGAGCAGGCCAGUGAGAGCCUCAGUCAAGGCAGCUGGGCUGGGCUGGCCCUAACAGAAAGGUUGGAGGUUUAAAUCCACUAGCCCCUCUUUGGAAACUGUAUGGGGCAGUUUUACCCUGUCCUAUAGGGUCACUAUGAGUCACUAUGAGUCAAAGUCAACUCAAUGGCAAUGGUUUUUUUUUAUAUAUAUAUAUAUAUCAUGCAUUGGAGCCCUGGUGGUGGAGGGGUUAAGUGUUUGGCUGCUAACCAAAAGGUUAACAGUUCGAAUCCACGAGCUGCUCCUUGGAAACCGUAUGGGGCAGUUCAACCCUAUCUUAUAGUGUCACUGUGAGUUGAAGUUGACUGGAUGGCAACAGGUUUGGGAUUUUUUUUUAAUGUUAUUGUGCAUUAGGCUCUGUUGUAAGUGCCUCACCUGUACUAACUCAGCCCUGUGGCGUGGGCACUAUCCCCACCUUAUAGAUGAGGAAACAGAGCUUGUAUAGUUAGUGGGUGGCAGGGCUGGCGUUCAAGGCCAGACAGUCUGGCUCUAGAACGCAUUCCUCAGCUAGCUCACUGUACUGCCACAAGUCUAGCGGGAGUUUGUUCAUUCCAUCACUUAAAAAACACCCCUAAUUACACGGAGGGAUUUGGAUUAUUUCUCUCGGAACAGCGUGUUGAUAAGUGCCUGGCACCAUGGCUGACACCCACGAGGCAGGCAUCCAGUGGAUGGGUGUUCAUUACAUAAAUGAUCCCAGAAGCCUAGGGUACUGUUAGGUGCUGGGAAUUAGCCCAGCUCUACCACUAAUGACAUCUUGGGCAAAUUCCUCCAUUGCUCCUGGGUGAAUUGUCCUUAUCUGUAAAACGGGCAUCAUGCAGUUUGUCUUGCCUGCUGCUUCGGGUAGCUGGAAGGAUUAGAUGUGUACGCAGAGUAAAAUUUCUUGUAAGCUGUUAAGUGCUAUGGAUCCAAAAAGGGUCACUUCGUGGGAGGAGGGAUGGGAGCAGCAGCCUGGAGCUGCCUCAGGAGACAGACAGACACAUGCCUACAUCAUGGAGGCCAUUGUCAAAAUGGUCACACUAGGGGGCCACCCCACAGCCUCCCACAUCUGCUGAACCAGUUGCCAGGCAGCAAGACUGUAGAAACGCAGCGCAAGACUGCCUGGCACCAGCUGAGCUGUGUGGGGCAAGGCAGGAAUCACCGUGCAAUUUAAGCCCAUUCUAAUAAUAUCUAUAGGUAAUGCCCCACCGGUAAUUCUAGGUUUCUGUUUUCUUCAUGUUAAAUAAAUGGGUGGUUUGAAAGUGAUUUCUG